AUGGCAUCACUGAUUCGCACACUGAUAAUCUACUCAGGCGUGUAUGGAAAUGUAAAGCGCAAUAUACCGCUGACGAUCGACAUAGACGCCGGGCGUCCAAAGCCUGCCAUCAAUAAACCGUUGCUUCCAACGCCACUAACACAGGAAGCGAACAAUCGAAUACUCAGGGAAAUAGGGAUUCAGGAGCCCCUAGCCAAAUGCCGUGUUGUAGAGCAACUUUCCGUACGGCGCGUGAAAUUUGGCGGCAGGAAUAACACGGGUCGCAUAACAACGCGACACCGUGGCGGGGGCCAUGCACAACGUCUGAGACUAAUCGACUUCAAAAGGCAACGUAAAGACGUACCUGCUACGGUGCUUAGAAUAGAAUAUGAUCCUACGCGUAGCGCUCAUGUUGCACUGGUACAGUAUGUGGAUGGUGUGCUUAGCUACAUUCUCUGCCCGGCUGGAGUGCGGCCAGGCCACGUUCUUGUUGCAAGCGCAGCUGCUCCCAUAGAACCUGGGAAUUGUUUACCAUUGCGCCACAUACCAGUGAAUUCAAUAGUACAUAACGUGGAAUUGCGUCCUGGAGCAGGUGGCCAGAUAGCAAGGGCAGGUGGAACCUAUGUCACACUUGUAGAAAAGGACGAUAUGUUCGCAACGUUGCGUAUGGCCUCUACCGAACUCAGGAGAUUUCCACUUGACUGCUGGGCGACGCUGGGACAGGUAUCGAAUAUAGAACACGCAAAACGUAUACUGAAAAAGGCCGGCACCAAGAGGAACCUGGGAUGGCGUCCGUCCGUCCGUGGCAUAGCUAUGAACCCUAAUUCUCAUCCACACGGAGGGGGUACCAGCAAAAGGGGGACAAAGCGACCUCGAUGCUCUAUUUGGGGGGUCUGCAGGUCGGGGUUCCAAACGCGCAGCCAGCAGAAACCACUUGGAUUUAUCGUAAAGCGUAAACUCUGCGGACGUCUCAUGAAGAAGUACGCAGGCAUUUUAGGUGGAUCUGCAGUUGCGGCGCAGUUCGGUAAUAUUGUAGUGGUUGGUGAGCGUCGGAAUCUUGGAGCUAAAUGCACAUAUGGUGAUUACAUGCUACGCCAAGAGGAGAUACACAAGUCUAAGAAGGCUGCGAGUACCAGACCUUAA